CUGCACGAACAUUGCGACAUCCUUUCCAUUGCCGUUCCAAUUGCAAAUGCACUUUCCGGCCUUCCUCGCCGACCAGCGCCGCCUCCGCCGCGUCCUCUCCUCCUCUCGCACCACGCUCGCGACACUCACCCGCCUACACGCGCUCCUCGUCGUUUCCUCCUCCCAGCAUAUCCUCUCCUCGCUCGCCGCCGCAUACGCCCGCGCUGGCGCGCUCGACGCUGCGGAGUCCACCCUCGCCGCCUCCCCCUCCUCCCCCUCCUCCAUAGCCGCCUGGAACGGGCUCCUCUCCGCGCACUCCCGCGCCGGUGCCCCCGGUGCCGCGCUCCGCGUCUUUCGCGCGCUCCCUUCCUCCGCACGGCCCAACAGCACCACCUUCACGCUCACUCUCACCGCGUGCGCGCGCCUCGGGGACCUCGACGCCGCUGAGUCCGUCAGGGUCCGCGCGUUUGCGGCCGGGUACGGUCACGACGUGUUCGUCUGCUCGGCGCUGCUCCACCUCUACUCGAGAUGCGGCGCCAUGGAAGAAGCCAUCAGAGUGUUCGAUGGAAUGCCGAGGAAGGACCGCGUCGCGUGGAGUACGAUGGUUGCUGGGUUCGUGACCGCUGGGAGGCCGGUGGAGGCGCUUGCGAUGUACAGUAGGAUGAGGGAGCAUGGCGUGUCGGAUGAUGAGGUGGUCAUGGUUGGGGUUAUACAAGCGUGCAUGUCAACUGGGAACGCCCGAAUAGGGGCCUCCGUUCACGGCCGUCUCUUACGGCAUUGUAUGAGGAUGGAUGUUGUUACUACCACGAGCCUUGUGAGCAUGUAUGCCAAGAAUGGGCACUUGGAUGUGGCAUGCCAAGUGUUUAGAAUGAUGCCGUACAGAAAUGAUGUCACAUGGAGUGCGCUGAUUUCUGGGUUUGCACAGAAUGGCCGUGCAGUUGAGGCACUUGAUUUGUUCAGAGAGCUGCAAGCUGAUGGGCUUCAGCCUUGUUCAUGGGCACUUGUUAGUGCACUGCUUGCUUGCGCUAGUGUUGGAUUCCUGAAGCUAGGGAAGUCGAUACAUGGUUUCAUCUUGAGGAGGCUUGAGUGGCAAUGUAUUUUGGGUACAGCUGUCCUUGACAUGUACUCCAAAUGUGGCUCCCUGGAAAGUGCCCGAAAGCUUUUCAAUAAGCUUUCCUCAAGAGACUUGGUUUUGUGGAAUGCGAUAAUCGCAUGCUGUGGCACUCAUGGAUGUGGUCAUGAUGCCCUUGCUCUGUUCCAAGAACUGAACGAAACCGGAAUAAAGCCUGAUCAUGCAACAUUUGCUUCUCUUCUGUCUGCCCUAAGCCACUCUGGUCUUGUGGAGGAAGGGAAAUUCUGGUUUGAUCGCAUGAUUAAGGAGUUUGGCAUUGAACCUGCAGAAAAGCACUAUGUAUGUAUAGUUGAUCUCUUAGCACGUUCUGGUCUUGUGGAAGAAGCCAAUGACAUGCUUGCAUCAAUGCAAACUGAACCAACCAUUGCAAUUUGGGUCAUUCUGCUUUCAGGUUGCUUGAAUAACAAGAAGCUAGAGCUUGGAGAAACCAUAGCGAAAAAGAUCCUUGAGUUGCGACCUGAAGACAUUGGUGUCCUUGCACUGGUAUCGAAUCUCUAUGCUGCUGCAAAGAAGUGGGACAAGGUCAGGGAAAUCAGAAAGCUAAUGAAGGAUAGCGGCAGCAAGAAAGUGCCUGGCUACAGCUUGAUAGAGGUCAAGGGAACACGUCACGCAUUCGUGAUGGAAGACCAGAGCCACCCUCAGCAUCGGGAGAUCCUGAAAAUGGUCGCAAAACUCAAUUCUGAGAUGAGGAAGCUGGGCUAUGUUCCAAGAACAGAGUUUGUGUACCAUGAUCUGGAUGAAGACGUGAAAGAGCAGCUUCUCAGUUACCAUGAGCAGCUUCUCAGCUACCAUAGCGAGAGGCUGGCCAUUGCCUUUGGUUUGCUGAACACCAGCCCUGGAACGAGGCUCGUGAUCAUCAAGAACCUCAGGGUUUGUGGUGAUUGCCAUGAUGCCAUCAAGUAUAUCUCGAAGAUUGUAGAUAGAGAGAUUGUUGUCAGAGACGCGAAGAGGUUCCACCAUUUCAAAGACGGAGCCUGUUCUUGUGGAGAUUACUGGUGAUUAUGUGUUGAGGCACACAUGUCCACACUGUAGCUUGGACAGUUCACACUCCUAGUGCUGAUUUUUUGGUCAAGUUGGCUGCAGAUAACCAGCAGAGCGAAUAUCAGUUAUGUACAAGUAAACUUGGCGCAAUCUUUUGAUUCACUGGAGAGGGAGCCUCAAAUAUCCUUUGAUGCAAAACAAACAGUUCUCUGAACCUUGUGCUGAUUUUGGUCGAGCAUUUAUAAUGUUCAUGCAAAUCAUUCCUAAACAAUCCUUUGAUUCACUAGUAUAACAAAAGGAUAAAGAAAUGACAAGAUGAAAUGCUGAAACAAUCUUUUGAUUCAAACGCAUAGUUGGCCAGGUCUGUCUCUUUCCUGCACCAUCCACUUACCUAAUGAAUGGAGACAUAGCAUAUAGCUGUGCAGCCAGGGAGAAUCGCCUGGACCAUGCAUUGUUUUUCCUGUCCUGGAACGCCAAACUAAGCAUCUUGGAACUCACGGCAGAUGAAGUGAUUGAGAUGCACACAGUUCUGUGCUUUUCUCCUCUCAGCCUACGUCCAAAACCAAAAGCAUGGGGGACACGCAACUCAGCAUGUUGCACUUUCUCCACAGCUUUACUACAAUUGACUGCACCAUGGACAAAGGAUGAAACAACUGUAUGGUUCCGUUGCACCUUGGGUUCCAUAAUUCCACACUCCAUUGCUAUCCUCUCAGCACAGCAUCUGCUGUUCCAUUCGGGCAAUUUGUCUGCUCCAACCUCAGGACUAUGAGGACAACAACCAUGGUGGUGAAGGAUCGUGCUAACCGCUGCUGGCGAAGUGUGGCCCCUGUGCUGUGCUCAUGCAGCUUCAAACAGUGAGCGACACACGGAGAUGCUUUAGGAGAUGCGAAGAAUGGUACGGGCUUGUUUGAGAGCAAGUGUAAUGGAGGAAUGGAGGAGACCGAGGAGGCCAAAAUCCCUUAUUAUUCAAUUUUGAAUAGUAAGGGAUUUUGGUUGUCUCAAUCCCUUCCAUUUCGCUUGUCCCAAACGAGCCCUACAGGAGCAAAAGAUCACAGUUGUAUAGGGAGAAUCAGGAGCUCAAUGAGAAGUUCUUUUCCCUGACGGCAGUAACAAGAUUUCGUUCUACAGUCCCUGCAGGAAAGCUUAUGUAUGCCUAGGACGUCAUGUUUGGGAUAGUCUUCUGUGCAAUCUGUCGAAUAUGCAUGUUUUAUGGUUACACCUCAGGUCCAUAAAUGCAUUCUGUCAGUUUGUGCGCCUAAGUGGUACACCGUGACAAUUUCACGGAUAGCCUUGCGUAUUUAACACUUUCAAAUAUUAGCUGUAGACUACUAUUGUGCUAAUGUUUUUUUUAUUUUUAUUUUUAACAGAUUUAGUCUAUUAGGUUGUUGAGUCUGAGGGUUUUUAUAUAUUUUCUUUUGCUGGUUA